ACCUUCGAGGAGGACGGCGACCCGACCCAGUGCGAGUACAGCCAAGGCGAGGACGAUGACUUCGGCUGGGAGCUCAUCCGCAGCUAUAUGAUGCCUCACUUGACUGCGGACCUUCCUCACGGUUCCUACCUGAUGGUGAACGCCUCGCAGCACGCGCCGGGCCAGCGCGCGCGCCUGCUCUUCCAGACGCUGAGCGAGAACGACACCCACUGCCUCCAGUUCAGCUACUUCAUGUUCAGCCGCGACGGCCGCGGCCCCGGCGCCCUCCGCGCCUACGUGAAGGUGAACGGGGGCCCGCUGGGCCGCGCCGUCUGGAACGCCUCCGGCUCCCACGGCCGCCAGUGGCACCAGGCCGAGCUGGCCGUCAGCAUGUUCUGGCCCAACGAGUACCAGGUGCUGUUCGAGGCGGUGGUCUCCAGCGAGCGCAGGGGCUACCUCGGCUUGGACGACAUCUUGCUCCUGAAUUAUCCCUGCUCGAAAGCGCCUCAUUUCUCCCGCCUGGGCGACGUGGAGGUGAACGCGGGGCAGAACGCCACCUUCCAGUGCGUGGCCGCCGGGAAGGCCUCCGAGGCGGAGCGGUUCCUCAUGCAGCGGCAGAACGGAGAGGUGGUGCCAGCCGCCUCGGUGAAGCACAUCAGCCACCGGCGCUUCCUGGCCGCGUUCCAGUUGGACGAGGUGUCCAAGAGGGAGCAGGACAUGUACCGCUGUGUUACCCAGUCCGUCCGGGGCUCGGGUGUCUCGAACUUCGCCGAGCUCAUCGUGAAAGAGCCGCCAACACCCAUUGCUCCUCCGCAGCUGCUCCGCGCGGGCUCCACCUACCUGAUCAUCCAGCUCAACACCAACUCCAUCAUUGGCGACGGCCCCAUUGUGCGCAAGGAGAUUGAGUACCGCAUGACCUCGGGACCCUGGUCAGAGGUGCAUGCAGUCAACAUGCAGACCUACAAGCUCUGGCAUCUGGAUCCCGACACAGAGUAUGAGAUCAGCGUGUUGCUCACUCGCCCUGGGGAAGGAGGCACAGGCAAGCCGGGGCCCCCUCUCAUCAGCAGGACCAAGUGUGCAGAACCCAUGAGGGCCCCUAAAGGCCUCGCUUUCUCUGAGAUCCAGUCCAGGCAGCUGACGCUGCAGUGGGAACCACUGGGCUACAACCUGACUCGAUGUCACACCUACACUGUCUCACUGUGCUACCGCUACUUUGUGGGCACCAGCCACAACCAGACCUUCCGGGAGUGCAUGAAGAUGGAGCGCAACGUGAACCGCUACACCAUCAAAAACCUGCUGCCCUACAAAAACAUCCAUGUCAAGCUUAUCCUUUCCAACCCUGAGGGCCGCAAGGAGGGCAAAGAGAUGAUAUUCCAGACAGAUGAGGAUGUCCCCGGAGGCAUCGCUUCGGAGUCUCUCACGUUCACCCCCCUGGAAGACAUGAUAUUUCUGAAAUGGGAGGAACCGGUGGAGCCCAAUGGCCUCAUCACGCAAUACGAGAUUAGCUACCAGAGCAUCGAGUCCUCCGACCCGGCCGUCAACGUGCCUGGCCCGCGGCGCACCGUCUCCAAGCUGCGCAAUGAGACCUACCACGUCUUCUCCAACCUGCACCCUGGCACCACCUACCUCUUCUCAGUGCGAGCCCGCACAGGCAAGGGCUUUGGCCAGACAGCGCUCACUGAGAUCACCACCAACAUAUCUGCUCCCACCUUCGACUAUGGGGACAUGCCGUCGCCGCUGAGCGAGUCGGAGAGCACCAUCACGGUGCUGCUGAGGCCAGCGCAGGGCAGAGGGGCUCCCAUCAGCAUCUACCAGGUCAUCGUGGAAGAAGACAGGCCCAAGAAGAUCAAGAGGGAGCUGGGCGGGCAAGAGUGCUUCCCGGUGCCACUGACGUUCGAUGACGCCGUGUCCCGGGGCUCCGUGCACUACUUUGGGGCUGAGCUGCCUGCCAGCAGCCUCACCGAAGCCAAACCCUUCACUGUGGGGGACAACCAGACCUACAGUGGCUACUGGAACCCCCCGCUGGAGCCCAAGAAAGCAUAUCUCAUCUACUUCCAGGCCAUGAGCAACCUGAAAGGGGAAACCCGCCUGAACUGCAUCCGGAUUGCCCGCAAAGCUGCCUGCAAGGAAAGCAAGCGUCCGCUGGAGGUGUCGCAGCACUCGGAGGAGAUGGGCCUGAUCCUGGGCAUCUGUGCCGGAGGCCUCGUCGUCUUAAUUAUCCUGCUGGGAGCCAUCAUCGUCGUCAUUCGGAAAGGAAAACCCGUCAACAUGACCAAAGCGACGAUUAACUACCGCCACGAGAAGACGCACAUGAUGAGCGCCAUCGACCGGAGCUUCACGGACCAGAGCACGCUGCAGGAGGACGAGAGGCUCGGGCUCUCCUUUAUGGAUACGCACAACUACAGCAACAGGGGUGACCAGCGGAGCAGUGUGGUCAACGAGUCCAGCAGUCUGCUCGGUGGCUCUCCCCGCCGGCAGUGUGGCCGCAAAGGGUCUCCGUAUCACACUGGGCAGCUCCAUCCCGCCGUGCGGGUGGCCGAUCUCCUCCAGCAUAUCAACCAGAUGAAGACUGCGGAGGGCUAUGGCUUCAAGCAGGAGUACGAGAGCUUCUUUGAAGGCUGGGAUGCUUCCAAGAAGAAAGACAAGACUAAAGGGAGACAGGAUCAUAUGUCAACAUACGACCGCCACCGAGUCAAGCUCCAUCCGCUGCUGGGAGAUCCCAAUUCGGAUUAUAUCAAUGCCAACUACAUUGACGGCUACCACAGGUCCAACCAUUUCAUAGCCACCCAAGGUCCCAAGCAGGAGAUGGUGUACGAUUUCUGGCGCAUGGUGUGGCAGGAGCACUGCUCCAGCAUCGUGAUGAUAACCAAGCUGGUGGAAGUGGGACGGGUGAAAUGCUCCAAAUAUUGGCCGGAUGACUCCGAGAUGUACGGGGACAUCAAGAUCACCCUGGUGAAGUCGGAGGCACUGGCGGAGUACGCCGUGCGGACGUUCACCCUGGAAAGGAGGGGCUACUCGGCGCGGCACGAGGUGAAGCAGUUCCACUUCACGUCGUGGCCCGAGCACGGCGUCCCCUAUCACGCCACGGGGCUGCUGGCCUUCAUCCGGCGGGUGAAGGCGUCCACGCCGCCCGACGCCGGCCCCAUCGUCAUUCACUGCAGCGCCGGCACGGGCAGAACGGGCUGCUACAUCGUCCUGGACGUUAUGUUGGACAUGGCCGAGUGCGAGGGCGUCGUGGACAUUUACAACUGCGUGAAGACCCUGUGCUCGCGGAGAAUCAACAUGAUCCAGACGGAGGAGCAGUACGUCUUCAUUCACGAUGCCAUCCUGGAAGCCUGCCUGUGCGGGGAGACGAGCAUCCCGGCCAGCGAGUUCAAACCCACCUACAAGGAGAUGGUCAGGAUAGAGCCUCAGAGCAACUCCUCGCAGCUGCGGGAGGAGUUUCAGACCCUCAACUCGGUGACUCCCCACCUGGACGUGGAGGAGUGCAGCAUCGCCCUGCUGCCCCGCAACCGGGAGAAGAACCGCAGCAUGGACGUCCUGCCGCCAGACCGAUGCCUUCCCUUCCUCAUCUCCGUAGACGGAGACAGCAACAACUACAUCAACGCGGCCUUAACUGAUAGCUACACCAAGAGCGCUGCCUUCAUCGUCACCCUGCACCCGCUGCAGAACACCACCACCGACUUCUGGCGGCUGGUGUAUGACUACGGCUGCACCUCCAUCGUCAUGCUCAACCAGCUCAACCAGUCCAACUCCGCCUGGCCCUGUUUGCAGUACUGGCCUGAACCUGGACUCCAGCAGUAUGGCCCGAUGGAAGUAGAAUAUGUUUCUGGAGCAGCUGAUGAGGACCUUGUGUCUCGUCUCUUCCGAGUCCAGAACAUCACACGGUUGCAGGAAGGGCACCUGAUGGUCCGGCAUUUCCAGUACCUACGGUGGUCGGCCUAUCGAGACACCCCGGACUCCAAGAAGUCCUUCCUGCACCUCCUGGCCCAAGUGGAGAGGUGGCAGAAGGAGAGCGGCAAUGGGAGGACAGUCGUGCACUGCUUGAAUGGGGGUGGCCGGAGCGGCACCUUCUGUGCUUCCACCAUGAUCCUGGAGAUGAUCAAGUGUCACAACGUGGUAGAUGUUUUCUAUGCUGCAAAGACCCUCCGCAACUACAAGCCAAACAUGGUAGAGACUUUGGAACAGUAUCAUUUCUGCUACGACAUAGCGCUGGAAUACCUGGAGUCGUUGGAGACCAGAUAGCACCUUGCCAGGAAAGCCAAGGCGAGUGGUUGCUUAGGGGGUUUGUGCCAAACAUGCAUUUUGCGCUCGGAUGUCGAGUUCGUGCUGAAGACGAGGAGGAGGGAAAACAGCAAAGGACGGAAUGAAAAACUAAAAUCAAAUGAGAAACGAAAGGCAGGACGUGGGGACGUGCUGGCCAUUCCCGACCUUCAUCCUCUGCUCUCCAUCUUCCUUUCCUUCCUCUCACCCCCGAGCACAUGUUGAACACGGGUCGGACGCCAAGACUCGUCCGUCACUGCAGCAGUGUCACUUUGCCAGCCAGGACUUGGGUCCCGGCCGUGGAUUUGGUGCGCAGGAGAAGCCGCUGGGGCACGCUUGGACAUCUCUGAAGCUAAGGAGGAGGCCGAGGAAGAGACAGCAGGAUCCCAGGCCUGUUUCCCAUCAAGGGCACGAUGGAUAUUUGGAGAUGAGAUGGUUUUUAACGGUACGUGGAGUUGAAGCUGCUCUUCAGAGGAGCCCGGAAGGAUGCUGGCAAGUUUUGCCCUCUGCGGCGCCGAGCUCUGAACUGGAGUAAAGACCCUAAAAGGAGCUUUCUGAAUUUCACCCUGAUCUAAUCAUGAGUUUGAUCUUCACCCUUUUAUCUCUGUGAGUGGCCCCUCUUUGGGUAUGCAGCCCUGGAGAGAGGGGGCUGUAGGAUGCGAGCGCGGGGGGCCCGGGUGGGCGCUGUCCCUCCGCGGGGACCGGUGUCCUUGCAGACCUGUGGAAAUGCCGCUUCCCCUUUGGCUUGGCCGAUCCCGUGCAAACCUUACACCCGUAGCAGUUAAUUCCUCUUGGGGGAGAGUGAAGCUUGGCUGUGAGCGUUGGCUCCGUGAUUUCCGGCUACCGUCGGCGGUUAAAGGCCGUUCCUUGCCUACGGGAUUAUUCGUUUGCAACCAGGUGUCCCAGACGUUUCCUUCCCCUGCCCUCGGGGACCUGCGCUGCCGCUGAGCGCUGCUGCUUUUCCUGACGCUCCAAGUCCUUUCGCAGGCCCCCCCGGGCCUGGGGGUGCAACCCCGGAGACGCUGACCCAGGGGGGUCUGUUUUUGUUGCUUCCCAUGGGAAUUGCUGGACGUGAGGCACCUUCAGGGUGCAAAAAAGCCUUCAAAGCCUGGCGUCGCGGUGGGAAAUUUGGGUCCUUCCCUUACAUCUCCUGCGGGGCUCGCGCGGUUCCUUGGGCUGCUGCUUUGCUUCUGCUGCAGCUUGCAAAACUGUUUUUGGUUUUUGGAUCGUUAUGGCGGUGACGUGCUGACGGGGUCAGGGCUGGUGGCCAUGGGUUGCAGGGCUGUCUCCAAAGGUAGGUCCCAAGCUGGAACCGUCCAAAUCCGUUAGUCGGGCCAUGCCUCCCACACUCAACCAAGUUAAAAUUGGAGGUAUUUCCUUGGAAACCCCGGGAUGAACCCUGCUGUCAGAGGCGUCAGGAUUAUUCCCGUGAUUAGCAGGGCACUGGGGUGAAUCCGACCUCCUUAGGUGAAGCCCGUCCUUGCCUGGAGGAGAUCACCAGCCUUGAUGGAGGGGCUGGAGCCCCUACGGUGGGGCGACCUGGGGCUAAUCCUGGGAACUGGCACCAGGCUAAUCCCGGGGACACCGCGGAGGUGACGAGGAAGGGCAGAGGGGCGAGCUGCGCCGAAACGCGUUUUUGCCAUCUGAUACUGUUUUUAUUUUUUUUUUUUUUGGAUGGGGGAGAAGAGAAAACCUGGUUGCAGUCGGGCUCUUGGAGCGAGCUGCGGUCGGCGUUUGCUCUCCGCGAAGCCGCAGCCGGAGGGACAUGGCCCCAACCUCCGCCCGGGCCCCGAUACCCCCUUUUGCAAAGCGUAGGUAACUCAACGGGAGGUUUCCAGCCCCGAGUGCCGCGGGAUGGAGGAGCACCGGGCGGGCGCGCUCGGAUCGUGCCGCGAUCCGGAGGGGCUGGAUAACCCUUUGGAGGACGUCGUUUGGCCGGUCGAAUCCCGGGCUGGAGCGGCUGCGCCCCGGCUGAGCUCACCCAGAGCAAAUUUCCAUCCGCUUUCCAAGCAGGGACGAGCGCCCCAAGAUAAAUCUCUUCCCUCUCUCCACUUUGGAGGAUUUAUUAGAUUAUUAUAUCCUGUUGCCCCCGGCUGGUUCCUGCCCCGGCUUUUGAGGCUGUUGAACCGGCCGACAUCCGUUCCCGGCGGGAGGGACGUAUCCUGGGCAGGCGCUGCGGUGCUGAGGACCCCGGUCUGGAGCCGACGGCUUUGUGCGCGGAGCCGACGUCAGCGGUGUGGACGGCGGAUUGGUGCCGGGGUGGCCGCGAGCAGCGUCCGACCUUGUGCCUUGAGUUAAGGAGCCGGGGGGGU